AUGUUGGACGAGUCCAGACAUCGUAUAUGCGAGGAAACUCCCUUGCUAGGCCACGACCACGCGCCUGAGUCCGGCCGGUUCACCCGCGCACGAUGGGUCCUCAUCGCCUUAAGCUUAGGCAUCAUCGCAGUGAACUUUGGCUCUUAUCUGGCCAUGGCUCCACAGAUACAAAUAUUCGAGUCUAUCAUCUGUCAGAAACUGCACCCCGAAACUGCACUUCUUACCACCAAGGAGCGGAAUGCCAGAUGCAAGGCCCCCGAUGUCCAGGGUGAGCUGGCGCUCGUCAAUGGCUGGAAGGAGACGCUCGAUACGCUGCCGGGGAUAUUUCUAGCUCUUCCCUUUGGCCUGGUGGCUGAUCAAGCGGGACGGAAGAGAGUGCUGAUGUUGAGUUUGAUUGGCCUGACUAUGGAAGAGGUGAUGGUGCGGAUUAUUGCAUGGUACAGCGCAUUUAUUCCCCUGCGGACGGUGUGGUUCAUGUCGUUAUUCCAGAUCUGCGGUGGUGGCUCCCAGAUUGCCAUAUCUAUGAUUUUCACGAUGAUAACUGAUGUGUUUCCGGUGGAGAAGCGGGCGAAUAUCUUUUUUAUCAUUGGUGCAUCAACACAGGUAUCUGAGAUUGUCGCAAGCCCUCUGAGUGCCUGGCUCAUGUCCUGGACACCCUGGCUUCCGUACUUCCUGGGAGUACUUUUCAUGCUUUGUGGCCUCUGUGCCCCCAUAGCUGUACCGGAGACGCUGCCGAAGUCGACCGAACUGAGCGAGCCUGGCACUGAAGAUGAUGAGGCGGAUGAUAACGCUCCAUGGACAGUCCGUCACCGUCUAACGGCCGUCUUGCGUCGCGCCAGGCAUCAGAUCAUGCAUCACAGCCGGUUCAUCUUCACUGAACGCAACAUUGUUUGUAUCUCCAUCGCCCUUCUGACGGCAAAUGUGGCUAUCCAGUCGCUUGUGAUCACGCUACAAUACGUCUCGAAGCGCUUCUCGUGGUCCAUGGCAGAGGCAAGCUUUCUCAUCUCUUUGAGAGGACUAAUGAACCUAUCCACCCUACUCCUCAUCCUCCCCGCCCUCUCCAAAGUCCUAGACAGAUUACUUCCCCCGACUCGCCGAGACCUGCGCAUCUCCGCAGGGAGCGUCCUCACAAUCGCCGUCGGACACGUCGUCAUGGCACUAGCCGCCAGUCCUACAGUCUUCGCUGUAGGGCUAUCGAUCUCCUCGCUGGGAAUGGGUUUCGUCCCCGCGCUACGCAGCGUUGCCACGGCAUUGGUGGAUGAGGCCGAGAUAGGCCUUUUGGGGACGACAAUUGCCCUGACCCAGAGCAUAGGUGCAAUCAUCGCGGGACCGAUGAUGGCAGGCACGUUCAAGUUCAGUAUGAGGUUGCACGGGAUAUGGCUUGGUCUUCCGUAUAUGGCGGCGACUGCACUCGUUCUGAUAGCCUGUUGGGCCACUUUGAUGAUUAGAGUGCCUCGGUCGAUGUAG